AAGUAUGGCCGGGGACAACGAGCUUCUUAAUAGGGACCGCGGCGAGAAUUCAACCGUUAUUCGGCAACCUUUUCUCAUCGGUGUCUCCGGCGGCACUGCUAGUGGAAAGUCGUCUGUAUGUGAGAAGAUCAUGGAGCUGCUGGGACAGAACAAGAUCGACCACCACCAGCGUCAGGUGGCCAUCCUCAGCCAGGACAGUUUCUACAAAGUGCUGACUCCAGAGCAGAAAGCCAAGGCGCUGAAGGGUCAGUUCAACUUUGAUCAUCCAGAUGCCUUUGACAAUGAGCUCAUCCGACAAACACUCCGAGAGAUCCUGCAAGGGGAAACUGUUCAUAUCCCGGUUUAUGACUUUGUCACUCAUUCCAGGAAAGAGGAGUUUGUUACGGUGUAUCCAGCUGACGUGGUGCUGGUUGAGGGGAUCCUCAUGUUCUACUCUCAGGAAAUCAGGGAUCUGUUCCAGCUGAAGCUGUUUGUUGACACGGAUCCAGACACACGGCUCUCACGUCGAGUUCUAAGGGACAUCAAUGAGCGAGGUAGAGAUUUGGACCAGGUCCUGAGUCAGUACAUCACAUUUGUAAAACCAGCUUUUGAGGAGUUUUGUUUACCGACGAAGAAGUAUGCAGACGUGAUCAUUCCACGAGGAGCAGAUAAUCUCGUUGCCAUCAACUUGAUAGUACAGCACAUCCAAGACAUUCUGAACGGUGGACCCAGCAAGCGUCACAACGGCUGCACAAACGGACUCAGCACUCCGAGGCAGCGGCAAACGUCGGAGUCGAGCAGCCGCCCCCACUGACCUCAUCUCACACCUCUCAACGGAGCAGAGAGGUGUCCUGCUGUAAAUAAGGCCACCUGGCAUCACUAUUUAAGAGAAGACAUGAACGAGUCAUUGAAAUGCCUCGUGUUAUGACUGUUCUUGAUCAGUUUAAUUGUAUUUGUAAAUGUGGAUUUGAAUUUCUGUUUGGAGGACAAAGCUCUUAUUUAAGGCCCAUGGGUUAAAACUGAUCCCACAUUUUCCUCCUUAAUAUUUAAUGUUUCCUGCUGCUCCAUGGCACCUCUUGCCAAAAAUAAAGAGAAAACAAUUUUAUUGUUUGAUAAAACUUGAACUCCUCAUGCCUGGAGCGUUUCACACGUGUUUGAAGGCUUGAAAACAUCAGGGAUGCAAACUAAGACUACACUGUACGGACAAUCUUGUGUUUCUGUUCUCGGUGUUUGUCUUUAAUCAGUGAAACUUGUGUCAGUACUGUUUGUCACAUGAAGAUGCACAUCAGCUAAGGCCAACACCAGGUUUCCUCAGCUGCUUCCCAGAAAUAAUGAUUUGGAUUUAUUUUAUUAUUAUUUUUGGAUUAAACACCUCUUUAUCCACCGUCUCAGAAAGGCUGGAAAUUUUUGAUAUAUUCAUGUUUGUAUUUUCUAAAACAAACCUAAGAAAAAUACUCUUACUGUACCUCUAAAUUGAGAUGCUAGCCAAACUAACUGAUCCAGUAUCGCAUAUUUAAACUCAGGUGAUCUGAAAUGUGAUGGGAGGGUGUUCAUUGCCACAGC